AUGGCAAUAAAGUUGUUGAUAUGUAUGCUUGUACCAAAAAGUAUAUUGGCAAUUAAUUUCGCAUCUAGCCUUGUAAAUGGCGUCUUCGAUCCACUGAUGCAAAAUUCUGAUUCAUCAGACAGCUACCUAGAAAAUGAUAUUGAAGCAAUUCCUAUUACGAUGAAUUCAAAAACACAAAAAGUGCCAAUAAAGAAAGAAGAAUUAUUUAAUAAAUAUCAAGUAAAGAAAGUCAACAUCGCACGUAAUUUAAUCGAUUACAAUAAAUGUGUAGAGAUCAAUGAUAGGAUACUAUGUGGCUAUGAAAAGAACAAAGGUCUACAUGAACUAGGCCAAAUAAUUGACUUGGGUAAUGGAUGUCGAAUUCGUGGUGAUAGAUUGGAAUGUGGUUAUGAUAGUAAAAACAAACUUCCAAAAGAAUCUCAAAAUCUUGUAAUGAGACAAAGACCGACAAGAACCCCCAAGUCUGAAAUCUCAAAUAAAGAACACAAAAUUAACAGCGAUCUUAUGGAAAACAUAUUGCUAAAAUCCGCUCUUAGUAAACUAUUACUGAAGUCUAUGGCUACAGAAAAUGUAGUUAAACCGACUGUUUUAAUUGAACCUACAAAAAUUACAAAUGUAACAUUAAAUCAAAUAAUAUAUUCAACUACAGAAAAAGUUACUUUUUUAACACCAAAACUGGCUCCAAAGACUGAAGCAGUAAAUCAAAAUACUGAAACAGAUACUCAAAAUACUGCCGCUAUUACUCAAAAUAAUCACACUCAGAGUACUGAAUCAGCUACCGAAAGUACUAAAUCAGCUACCGAAAGUACUGAAUCAGCUACUGAAAGUAUUGAAUCAGCUACGGACAGUACUGAAUCAGGUACCGACAGUACUGAAUCAGCUACCCAAAAUACUGAAUCAGCUGCUCAAAGUACUGAAUUACUUAGCGAAAGUAGCAAACCUAUACUAAUUAAAACAAUUAGAAAAACUUCAACAUCUGCACAAAACACCCCUGCACAAAUUUAUGACAAUUUAGAAGUAAAUGACACCCCGUCUGAAAGCAAAAUAUUUAAAAGAGCAAUUCCAAGGACUAUAAUAACUACUGAAACUAUAUCAAUUUUACAGAAUGUAGCAACUAAACCAGUACCUAAUUUACUUACAACUGUUCCAUCAAAGACAUAUAAAAAUUCCACCGAAAGUGUUAACUUACAGACACCUAAUAAUGAAAACGCGACGACAGCUUGUGUCGAGAACCAAGAAAGGGUGGUCGGCAAACGAGCAGACGGAUUACCCGAUGGCAAUUAUGCGACUGGAUUUUAUUCUGACAACGGUAAAAUUGAGAUGGAUCUUCAAGAUGAUACAAGGAAUGCACAUAGUACGUUGCUGUGUAUAUGUAUUUUGGUGGCUACAUGUAUGGCGUACGCUUUGGCCAUACCUGUAGAAGCGGCGCCGGGUGAAUUAGCAGAGGGGAUAGCCCCAGUUGCGGCGGCCGACGAGGGGUUACAGACCGCGGAGUCCCGUUUCCGUAGACAUAAAAAGUAUUAUCGUGGAGGUUACGGCGGCUACGGCCCCGGCGGCGGCCUCUACGGCCGCGGUCACGGUGGCGGCAUUGGCUACGGCGGCGGCGGCGGCUAUGGCGGCGGCGGCGGCUAUGGCGGCGGCGGCGGCGGCUAUGGCGGCGGCGGCGGCGGCGGCGGUGGCGGCGGCGGUGGCGGCGGCGGCUGGGGCAGCGGCGGCGGCUUCGGUUGGGGGGGUGGUGGCGGUUGGGGACGCUAA